GUGGUCUGAUCAAACAGUUCGAUACGGCCAAACUGAGGCGUACUGGAGGGAGAUAACUUCAAUGACUAUGAUGAAAGCUAUACUUUACAAACGCCUUGCAAGGUGCAGCGAUCCUGGGCAAGCUUCUCCCAGGACUCGAAGUCAAUAUCAAAACUCCAAAGUGAAGUGCGUAGAGUGUCCUUGUAACACUCUCUUUGACUGCCAUGAGAGUCAGCAAGGAGAAAUGAGUGGAGAGGAAAACCCUCCUAAUGCAUCUGAAGAUGAAAUUGAUGAAGAUGAGGAAGAAACCAUCACAGCUGUAGCCCCACCAGUGGUCCUUCAAGAGAAGGGACUUGCAGAUGUGACUACAAGUCCUGCUUUUCAGUGCCUGGAUGAAUUGUUUUCUGCUGGAAAAAUCGGUGGAAUUCAAAUUGGCUAUUUGAAAUCCAAAUGCAUGUUGUUACACGAGGCUUUAACAAGGACGCAGGAGUCCGAGAUCAAGUUAUUAAAGGAUGCUAAGUUCUUUACUGCUGAAUUGGAGCGCCAAAGGCAGGAGUUGGAAAAAGGUGAUCAGUUUCCUGAGGGCUACGAUACAGAGGUCAACAAACUGAGACAGCAGCUGCUUCUUUGCCAGAAUGAACUGAACCAGACAGAAGAACGCAUAUCUCAACAGAAGCACAGAACUGUAUAUUUACAAGAGGAACUGGCAAUGUUUAAAAAAGACUUUGAAAGACUGCCAAAAGCUGCAGAUUUUGAAAGGAAGACAAAAGCAUUGAGAGAAAGUUGCAUUGAACUAAGUAGAGAGAUUACACAGAGGAAACGUGAAAUUAAAAUAACAAAAGAAGAGGUGGAAAACAAAAUGGAAGAUGUGAAAAAUGUGCAAGAAGAACUGGAAAAGAAGCAAGAGAAUGAAGAACAUCUGAAGAUCGAUUUGGUCCAACUGCAUACUGUUCCUGUUCAGCUGGCCAAAGAUAUACAGAAACUGAAUCGUAAAAGAAACAAUUUGGAGAAGACAAAAACGGAAAUAGAUACACAACAGAAUGAACUUCUUGGUUUAGUACAACAAAUAGAAAAUAAAUGCAGAAUGAUAGAAGAUGAGAAAUUGGAAGUAAUGAAAGAGUUGGAUGAGAAAAGAGCUACCCUGGACAUCAAAGAGCAAGAUUACAACCAGUUAGUUAAGAUGACUGAUUUGGGCAAAGAGAAUGAAUCUGUGUUAAUGGGAGAAAGAGCUUCCCUGGACAUGCACUUACGUUACAUCCAAACAGAAAAGAAAAUAUUGUCUGACACGGUAGUGCUGAAGCAAAGAGAGAAGGAUCGAGAGCUCCGAAAGGCAAAAAAAAAAGAAAAACAAUUGAAGUCUGCAAUGGAUUCACUGGCAUAUGCUGAAUUUACCUAUGAAAAGAUCAAAUCAUUGGUGGAAUCUGUUCCUGAUGGUGGAGGGAUAUUAGAAAGGAGGAAUGAGCUGGAAGGUGAGGUUAAAAGUCUGAAAAGAAAACUCACAGACCAGCUUUCAUUAACUGAAGUAGAGGCUCAUUUGUUACGCAAGUGUAUGCUUGAAGAAGAUAAUCUAAUCACAGAGCAAAGGCGUGCCCGAGAAGAGGUUGUAAAUCUAACCCGUCUUGCCCAGAUCAGGUCUGAUGAAAAAGAUCAAAAAGCGAGGGAUCUUAUGAAUAUUCAGCAUAAGGGUGAUCGAACUAGAGAAGAGCUUAAAGAAGAGAAACGGACCAUACAGGAUUCUCAGAAGAAACAUAGACAAAUGCUGGUCAGCCUAAAGAAUUUUGUUAAAGUGUAUCAGAUCAUCAAAAAUGAGAGAAACAAGUACGUUAAUCUCAUACAAAGCGCAGCACAGGUAUCUGCAGAAAUGCGGGAAAAGAUCAAGAUUCUACAAAAUGAAAUGGAAAUUCUCAGGACUACUACACUGCUUAAAGACAGCCAACUGCAAAAAUACAAGUUAAAGCACUCUAACAGCCAUGUCAUCAGAGAUAGCCUGCGGAGGGCUAUUUGCAAAAUCGACCAGGUGCUUCGAGAUUUGGGAGAAAAGAGAGAAGGCCAAAAGAUAAAAAUUGUCAAACUUAGUUCCCUGAUUAACCAGGCUGAAGAGGAAAUGAUACAGCUACGCAAAAAAUAUGAGAAUGUUGUUCAGGUUCGCAAUGAAAGAGGCAUACAUUUGAUUGAAAGGGAAGAGGAAGUUUGUAUUUUCUAUGAGAAACUAAGCAUUCAGGACUCAUUGAUUAGUAAUGGAGAUGUGGAAUUACACAGUAUGGAGGAUGAAAUAAGAUUCUUGAAUAUUCAACUGUCAGCGGAAAAGAGACAGAUUGAAAAGGUUCGCAAAGAUGUGCCAAGCAAACAUGAAAUGGAGUCAAAUUUGAUCACAUUACAGAAAGAGCUUGCACUGUAUCAGGACAAAGUCCAAAGUCUUGAGAAGACCUUAGUGGACCCUUUAAGUGAGAACAGAUCACGAUUAUUGGGAGGAGAUGAUCCAUCAUUUGAUGAACUAAGCAAAAGAAUAGAUGAGAUGGACUUGAAACUGGCAAGAAAGGAGGAGCAAUUAUUGGAAAAGGAUCUUAUCUCUGAUCAAGUGAUCCGCCUUUCUGAACGAAUUAGUGCCAAAGCGAUGAAUGGUAAACAGGACACAUUGAUCUUAGCCAAAAAGGUGAACGAAAUGCAAGGAAAGGUCAAAGAUGUUACACGAAAAAUGAUGGCUGUGGUCUCUGAGCUGUCCAUGCAACAGGCCAAUGCCAUGCAACUCCAACAGGAUGUCAGGGAUAAGCAGCAAUUCCUGGAGUCAUGCCACCAUAGGAUGGAGCAGGGUAUGGCACCCAGUGAAGAGAUUGAAUCUGAGUGGUUGAAAAUAGUGCACAAAGAAAGCAGACACAAAAUGGAGAUUGAGAUGAAAUCCAAGGAAGCUGAAGAGGAGGAAAAGCAUUUAUUGCCAGGCGGAGUCUUUACAACAGCUGAGCCAAGGCCUAAUGCAUAUAUCCCAGAUGAUGAUUCCGGACUACCUAUUCCACGCCCUUAUGGAAAUAUGGUUCCAUUUAAACCGAGUGAGCCCAGUGCACAAAUGCGACAUUAUAGAAAACCAGUCAUUAAACCAAUUGAAAUAUAAUAUUGAUGUUACCUGUAUCCUAAAAAUCAUCACAUUAAUCGCCCAACUACAAGUGCUGAAUAAUCAAAACAUCUUAAAAAAAAAUUAAAUUGUUUACAAGUUGCAACCUAUUUUUAAAAAAUCGUUUGUUUUUUGGUAAAGUAUAAUUUUCUGUUUUAUUUUGUGAUAGAUUGACAUAUCUAAACUAGUUUAUAUUGAUUAACUCGGACACUUUUAUAUACUGAAAUUAGGUUGUUUUCCAAGAUAUUUUUAUUUUCUUCAGUAAAAUAUAGAUUGAAUUGAAAAUGUUGCAAACAGAUGCAAGAUGCCAACAAAUUAAACCUAUUUACUUUGCUACACGUUAGGUCAUUGCUGUGGAAGGUGGUCAAUUAUAACUCCAAUACUGUUUUCUGAAACUACUGUGCCAUGUUUUGGAUAAUUGUCAGUGAAAAUACUGUGUUUAACCAUUAUCUUGCUAAAUAAUUAAACCACAACAUACUAAAUUAGCACAAUAAGUGCACUGAGUUUUGCAGUUUAUCAGUGUUCCAUGUUCUGUCUUUAACCAAUUCAAUUUUAUGAUAAAGGGACUUAAUAAUA